UAUCAACACGCUACACCGGAAGUACCGCCUCUUUUUUAUUCUCUCUUUGCCAGUACGACUGAGCGUUCAGUCCGCUGACACGGCGCCAUGCCUCGCAAGAUUGAAGAAAUCAAAGAUUUCCUGCUGACGGCCAGGAGAAAGGAUGCCAAGUCCGUGAAGAUCAAGAAAAACAAGGACAAUGUGAAGUUCAAGGUGCGCUGCAGCAGAUAUCUGUACACGCUGGUCAUCACUGACAAGGAAAAGGCCGAGAAGCUCAAGCAGUCACUUCCUCCUGGUCUAGCUGUCAAGGAGCUGAAGUAAAUGUGUCAUGUACAGAAAAUUAUAAUAAAAAUGGGAAAACUCAA